UAGGGGAUAAUCCACGUGUAACAGAUUGCAACUGAACAUAGCCGCUUCCUAUUGCUCCUAUCGUCGGGGUUUACCCCUAAUUAACUCCUUCCUUGGACCCGACAGGCCCGAGCAACGAGAGUAAUGGCCGGAAGGAGCUCCUCACUGAUUAUGUUUGGCUGAUGCCGGAUCUUACUUUACUUCGUGACGUGUACACGGGAGUUCCUGCCAUAAGGAGCUAGCAGGUGAACAGACCCUUCAAGGGAAGGGUCGCGGCGGCCGGGAGUGGGUUCCCAAGGUCAGAGUUGGGCAACCUGGAAGCCUUGAAAUGCUAUAUAAGAACCUUUUCACCUUUCUUCACAACCACCCGACAGGCAAAUCAUUCUUGCGCUCACAACAACGCUUUUCAAGGUCAGAGCACCGCAGCUCAGUCCAUAAUUAUUCGACCAGUGUCUUAGAACUGCAAGCUCUUCCCUCAGUUGCUACAGAUAAGGGUUACAGUAAUUACCACCGAGCUUUCCACCAUGGGUUCCAUGUUUCAAUCGAUUGCUCCCGGUCCCGAAGAAGGGAUGAGGGCGUACAUGGCGCCCUCUCUCUUCCAGCCGCACAAUGCUCGCCAGGCGAUCCGAGACGCGCACGAAAAAAAGAUUCCCGCCCUGAUCGGUUACUACGCCGGCCUUAGCUCCAUUCCCAUCACCCGCUACCUGGCGCCGAUGGGCUACGACGUGGUGUGGAUCGAUUGGGAACACACGUCCUGUGACGUCGAGACGAUGACUACGAUGGUCCACGAGACCAUGUUCAUGAGCGGCGGCCGCACCAUUCCUUUCGUCAGAGUACCCGGCCACGACCAUGCCGCCAUCGGCUUCGCCCUGGACGCCGGCGCGAGCAUCGUGAUUCCCCAGGUCGAGACGGUGGAACAGGCCAAGCACGUUGUGUCGUCGGCCAAGUUCGGCACCCGGCAGCGUGGCACCCGGUCGGCGCCCCCAUUCCGCCUGGUCCCCGGCCUCACCGACAUGGCGGCCGACGGUAAGCGCGACGUAUGGCAGAACUGGAACGACCAGGCCGCCAUCAUGAUACAGAUCGAAACGCUCGAGGGCAUCAACAACCUGGACGCCAUCCUGACCGAGGUGCCGGACAUCGACGUGGUGUGGCUCGGUAGUCUCGACUGCCGCAUCAGCAUGAACCUGCCGGCCAACUAUGGCCAGGGCGACGAGCCCGAGUGGAAGGCAGCCGUGGAGAAGUUCAACAGCACCGUCAAGAAGCACAACAAGCCCCGCGCCGGUUUCUGCCUCACCGGCGGUCAGGAUCUGGCCAAGAUGGCCGAGGACAACGCCCUGCUGAUCCACGCGGCUGACGUGCUCAAGUUGUAUGAGAUGGGGCCACAGCUGUUGGCGGCGAGGGAGGCCGUUGCUCUCAAGAAGUAAAUUGGCUAUAAACUCCGGGAAAAAAUUGGGUGACGUGUAAUUAAAGGCAGACGAUAAUUAAGUUGUAUUACAUGCUGUACAAUACAGCACAAUGGGGUCAGCCUAUUACCAGGCCCGAUCAUAACAAUGCUACAUGCUUUCGUAUAUAUUACUGCUGAGGUCAGGC